UCAUCACGCUUCUUUCCCUUCUCUCACGUCCAUCCCUCUUUUCUCUCUUUUGUAUUUUUUUUUUCACACGUAAAAGAGCGCAUACCCCAUCACGUUCUUUUUUUGUUCCUUCGUCUCUCUCUCUCUCUCUCUCUUUUGCACCCACUACCUUCAUUACAUCACACACACACUCACCCUUGCAUAUCAUCAUCCCGCUACUAUCGGCUACCAAUACCACUAAGAACAAUGGGAAACAAGAUCUCUACUUCGCGCAGAAGUCGCCUUUUAUCUACCUUCUCGACCAAGCAUUCGACGUCAAAACGGAAAAAGCACCUUUCACCGACACCGCCUCCGACCACUUCCUCAACAACUUACUCGAAAUCAGGGUCCAUUAACUCAAACCAUUCCGUCUCAGACAGCAUUAUUCGACAAGGUCGCGCUUUUCACAAUGUCAGCGAGUCCAUUUACUGGCUUCCUAACGAUGACGAAGAAAUUGAUCGUUUAGUCGGUCAACACUUUGCCUUGAAAACAUUGUUCGAGGGCAACGUUGCAAAGGAGAUACUGCCGACACUCGAAAACGGCGCCAAAAUUCUAGACGUAGGCUGUGGCCCCGGCACUCAGAUCAUGGAUUUGGCAACCGAGUUCCCAGAUUGCGAGCUUUUUGGAGUCGAUUUCUGCGAUGUGUUCCCAAGCGAUAUACGGCCGCCCAACGUCCAAUUCUUGCACGCCAAUGUUCUAGAACGUCUACCCUUUGAUGACAACACAUUCGACUUUGUCAAUAUGCGAUUUUUCAUGCUGGCUCUACGUCAAGAAGAAUGGGUCAUUGCAUUGAAAGAAAUCCAUCGGGUCUUGAAACCUGGCGGUUAUUUCCAAUCACUCGAAGCCGGAAUGAUGGAUCGCGGAAAUGAUUUUUGCCUUUGGGUUGGCGAUAUCUUCAUGAAUGUGAUGCGGGAACGUGGUCAGGAGCCAUACAUUGCAUUUAAGAUUGGAUCGAUUAUGGAAGAAUGUCAGAUAAAACAUAUCAAGAGUGACCAACGGGACACGUACCUCAGCAAACCAGACCCUCUGAAUCGCGAGUUUUUAUGGGAUAUUGUCAACAUUGUCCGAUCCGCACAACCCUUUUUGACAGGUCCUUUGGGCGUAAGUCCCGAGAACUUUCAACAAUUCCUUCAAAAGUUUGAGCACGAGUGUAAACAACCUCCUGGAGCACAAUGGCUGAUUGCAGUAAACGUCGGACAGAAGCCGCUUUAAAUUACUCACCUCCCAAGUCCCUCCUUACCAUGCUGCACUUUUUCAUGCUCCCUCUCCCUCUCUCUCAUUCGUUUCAGCUCACUACUACUUAUCAAUUUUUUUCUCUUACCUUAUUCUCUCUGCACAUAUUUUAAAAACACUCUUGCCUCUUUCCUCAAACACUACUAUUGAUACUUUUCCAGUAACUGCUAAUUUUACGUACAUACUAUUACACUAAGAUCAACGACGUG